AUGGCUGGUGCUACUCAGAGAAAUGCCUGGCAUGUCGUCCAGGUUACUCUUUUCUCGAGCUAUGCAAAUGUGAUGCUGGUGUUUGUCUUCCUGGGCAUUUUGGCCGGUGCUCGAGGAUGGGAACCAUCAGCUGUGUUCUUGUUGAAUUUCUUAGCCAUCUUUCCCCUAGCUUCCUUGCUCUCCUUUGCCACUGAAGAAUUGUCCAAAAGUGUGGGACAGACCGUGGGGGGACUGAUCAACGCAACCUUUGGAAAUGCGGUCGAGAUGAUCGUGGGAAUUACGGCCGUAACUCAAGGGGAGAUCAACAUUGUUCAAUCAAGUAUGGUUGGCAGUAUUCUUUCCGGAACUCUUCUGGUUCUAGGAUGCUGCUUCCUAGGUGGAGGAUACGGCAAAGAGACAAUAUCCUUCAAUGUCGAUGUUACUCAGGUCAUGUCGUCUUUGAUGAUCGUUGCCUCCACCUCCCUCAUUAUCCCUUCCGCUCUAUACUCGACGACUCUCUCCGAGCUGCCCGAGGGAGAUGAUUACAUCCUCACCCUCUCCCACAUCACUGCGAUUUUCCUACUCAUCUUUUACUUGGUCUAUCUUAAUUUUCAACUGAAAAGCCACGCUCAUCUUUUCGCUAGCACCGAGGAGGAAUCGGACGAAAAGCGCGAAUUAGAGCCUCUCCCCGCUAGCAUCAUUCUGAUCCUUGCAACACUUGGAGUCACCGUCUGUUCCGAUUACUUGGUGGAGGGCGUGGACGGGUUUGUGGAGGUAUACGGAGUCAGUCGGGCUUUCUUGGGGAUGAUUGUCGUCCCCAUUGUUGGCAAUGCGGGCGAAUUUGCCAUCACGGUGAAUGCCGCAAUGGGCGGUAAGUUAGAUCUCGCUAUUGGGGUAAUCGUUGGAAGCACGCUUCAGAUUGCGCUCUUUGUGACUCCGUUCCUGGUGAUUUGUGGGUGGGUUCUCGGGCAGCCGAUGUCUUUGCGGUUUAAUACUUUCGAAACCGCUUGCUUCUCCCUUGCUGUGGUGGUGAUGAACUGCUUGACUCGAGAAGGGAAAUCGAAUUACUUUGAAGGAUUAUUACUGAUCGGGACGUAUCUGAUCAUCGCGAUCGCAUUUUACGUACAUCCGGAUAUAAAUACCUUCGAUAUUACGGCAGAGCAGCUCAGCGAACUCAUAGAGUCUAGAAGUAUAGAGACUUUCCAUGCAUUAGGCGGUCUUGCCGGGUUGGAGAAAGGGCUGCGAACAGAUCGAAACAGUGGACUGAGCGUCGAUGAAUCAACGAUUGCAGACUUGACCGAGUCAACGGAAAUUGCGACAGGACAACAGAAUGGCCGCUUCACGGACAGGACCAAGGCAUUCGGGACUAAUCAUCUUCCAGUAAAGAAACAGCCGAGCAUUUUCCAGCUCAUGUGGAUGGCAUACAAUGACCAUGUUCUGUUCUUCUUAACUGCAGCGGCAAUUGUCUCUUUGGCGCUCGGUCUAUACCAGGCACUCGCGACCAAGCACUCCGCCCGCAAUCCGCCCGUUGAAUGGGUGGAAGGCGUUUCGAUCCUUGUCGCUAUCAUUGUCAUUGUUCUUGUUGGUGCCGCGAAUGAUUUCCAGAAACAAAUCAAGUUUCAAAAAUUGAACAAGAAGAAGCUAGAUCGCAAUGUGACCGUCGUUCGAUCCGGUCACGCACAUGAAGUCCCGAUCUCUGACCUAGUUGUGGGAGAUGUUGUGCAUGUGGAGCCUGGGGAUGUAAUCCCGGCGGAUGGGGUUCUCAUCCAGGGAUAUCAUAUCAGAUGCGAUGAGGCCUCCGCUACCGGGGAAUCCGAUCUCCUACGUAAGCAUUCUGGGGAUGAAGUUCUCGACGUGAUUCGAAGGAACGGUGAUACUCAAAGCUUGGACCCCUUCAUAAUAUCCGGGUCAAGUGUAGCUGAAGGGGUCGGGUCGUACUUGGUGAUUGCGACUGGCACCAAUUCCAGUUAUGGCAAGAUUCUUCUCACGCUAAAUGACGAUCCUGGAUUUACACCCUUGCAAACUCGUCUCAAUGUAUUGGCGAAGUACAUCGCAAAUUUCGGUGGGCUUGCAGCUCUUGUGCUAUUUAUCAUUCUUUUUAUCAAAUUCCUCGCCAGCCUUCCUCACAGUAGUCUAACACCAGCAGAAAAGGGUCAACAGUUUCUAGAUCUUUUCAUCAUUUCACUGACGGUCGUGGUGAUCGCAGUCCCGGAGGGCCUCCCACUAACAGUGACCCUUGCACUGGCUUUUGCAACUACAAGGAUGCUCAAGGACCAUAACCUAGUUCGCAUGCUGAGGGCCUGCGAAACCAUGGGAAAUGCGACAGACAUAUGCUCGGACAAGACCGGGACUCUGACCCAGAACAAAAUGACAGUCGUCGCUGGGGUAAUCGGCACUGCCGGCAAGUUCGUUGAUCCGCAACAGGCGGAUGACGAUGUUGCUGAUCCGCCUAACAGCCCAACUACCAGCGAGUACACUCAGCGUCUUGCGCCUGACUCAAGGUCACUUCUUAGGCAAUCCAUUUCACUCAACUCAACCGCAUUUGAGAACACCGAUGCAGGUACCACGUCAUAUGUAGGGUCUAAAACAGAAGCUGCCCUCUUAACAUUUGCUCGAGACCACUUAGGAAUGAGUCAACUCGAUGUCGAACGCUCAAAUGCAAAGAUUGUAGAAGUUUUUCCGUUCGAAAAUGCUCGCCAGUGUAUGGUCACAGUUGCUCAACUGGAGAACGGCAGGUAUCGGGCCUAUGUGAAAGGAGCUCCAGAGGUGCUGCUCGACAAGUGUAUAGAAGCAAUUGAGGACCCAAGCAAAGGGCUCUCCACACGACCGAUCAAUGCAGAUAUGGCCCAGGGCCUACGCCAGAUAAUUGCCGAUUAUGCCUCGAAGUCUUGGAGGACUAUUAUCGUGUUGUUCCGUGACUUUGACGUAUGGCCUCCCCUUGAUCAACUGCAUGAUCAAGUGGAGGAGAUAAGGAUAGAGAACAUUGUCCAAGAUCUUACUUUCCUCAGCAUUAUGGGUAUCCGAGACCCUCUCCGAAACGGUGCCCGGGAUGCCGUGCAGUCGUGCCAUAAAGCUGGUGUGGCCGUUCGUAUUGUGACAGGCGAUAACCUACUGACAGCAAAAGCCAUCGCCGAGGAAUGUGGUAUUCUCACAAACCCAGAUGAUGUUGCGAUGGAAGGCCGAGAGUUUCGUCAGCUUGGUGAAUCACAACAACUGGAAAUCAUUCCACGUCUCAAGGUCUUGGCGAGAUCUAGCCCGGAAGACAAAAGAACAUUGGUUCGUAGACUGAAGGAAAUGGGAAGAACUGUUGCUGUCACUGGCGAUGGAACAAAUGACGCCCCUGCUCUGACUGCGGCUGAUGUCGGAUUUUCCAUGGGCAUCUCCGGAACUGAAGUCGCGCGCGAAGCCUCGUCAAUUGUCCUCAUGGAUGACAACUUCAGUUCAAUUGUGCGGGCAAUCAUGUGGGGUCGAGCUGUCUCAGAUGCCGUCAAGAAAUUUCUACAGUUCCAAAUAACCAUCACAUUCACCUCUGUCGGCCUCGCAUUUGUCUCAUCCGUCGCCAGCUCCAAUGAACAGUCGGUCCUUACCGCUGUACAGCUCAUGUGGGUAAACCUAUUCCAAGACACAUUAGCAGCGCUGGCACUGGCAACCGACCCUCCAUCGCGCAAAGUAUUAGACCGAAAACCAGAGGCGAGAUCAGCUCCUUUAAUCACAAUUCCAAUGUGGAAGAUGAUCAUCGGGCAAUCGAUCUAUCAGCUAGCGGUGACUCUUGUCCUUCACUUCGCCGGAAGCAGUAUCUUCUCCUAUACGCCCGACGAUAAGGAUCAGCUUCAAACGGCGGUAUUCAAUACAUACGUUUGGAUGCAGAUCUUUAAUAUGUAUAAUAACCGCCAACUCGAAAACAGCAUCAACCUUCUCGAGGGUGUAUCCCGAAACUGGCUAUUCAUAUGUGUCACCCUCUUAAUGAUGGGCUGCCAAGUCUUAAUUAUCUUUGUGGGAGGCCGCGUCUUCUCAGUUGUCAGACUUACUGGCAGCCAGUGGGCUUACUCGGUUGUUUUGGGGGCUCUGUCUAUCUUGAUCGGAUUCGUUAUCAAACUCAUGCCGGAUGGGCCUGUUGAGUGGGUCUUUGAUGGGUUUGGAGCUAUCUGGUCGUUCAUAGUUUCGAAGUUAAAAGGUUUCCGGAGGAGAAGGGAUGCUGAUGUUAGUGCUUGA